GAAAAGAGAUCAACACAAGCCAGGAAAACAACGCGAAGGCGACCAGGUUGAACAGAACGAUGUCGUUCGAGGACAACCAGCGUCGCCAAAAACUGAUGGAAGCCGUUGGCGAGACUCCCGUGUUGUACGGCCAAGAUAUCCAGCAGCUGAUUGGUUGUCAAGAAGAGCUUCCACCUCAGCAGCCCCCCCCCAUAAAAGAGGAAGAAGAGGAUCCACAGUCUCCUCACAAGGAAGAGGAGGGUCAGCUGCCUCCCCGCAUUAAAGUGGAAGUGGUGGAGGCCGAUGUCUGCGACUUUCUGCCGAUUGGUGUUUCUGUGAAAAGUGAAAACGAUGAUGAAAAUCCAACUCCACAGCAUCAUCACAGCCACAGAGCACAAUGGAUGACCGCAAGACCUGAUGAAGACCACCCUGCGGGACCACCUCCGGACAACCUCUUGGCGCCACUGUCAGACAGUGAUGACAUGGAGGUUACAAGCGAUUCAGACCCUGACUGGUCUAAAAAGGGCUCAAAUCAACAUUCUCAAAUGCCCUGUAGACGUCGCAAACCGAAACGUUUUCGAUGCUCCGUUUGCGGUCAAAGGUUUCUUCGAGAACAGCAUUUGACCAGACACAUGAGAAAGCACACGGGAGAAAUACUUCGGUGCUCAGCUUGUUUUAAAGGGUUCCUUCAUAAGCACGCUUUGACUAAACACAUGAAAAUACACACGGGGGAGAAAACUGCGAGUUGUUCAGUUUGGAACAAAGGGUUCAUCCAAAAGUCAAAUACACAAACGCCUCAGUCCACGAACGACGAACCUGCUCAAAACCAAAUACUUUUGGACAAUCCUUGCGUCGGUUCACCCAGCAUGCUCGAUUUGGCGAACAGUCAGAGCGUUGAUGCCGAAUACGGAGCUGUGACUUCUCUUGCACGGUUGGAAAGUCUGUUGAGUGCUUCAGACAAUUUGGUUAACCUACCCCUCAGUACGGCUCCUAAGCAACUGAAAACUGUGAGCGAUGGUAUUAGGAGGCCUAUUCGUUUGACUGUAGAACAAAAGAAGGAAAUAAUAGCUGAACACGAAACUGGCAUCCGUGUUUCUGAUCUUGCCGUUCAGUUUGGUAUAGCCAAAUCUACCAUCUGUACAAUUCUUAAAAACAAAGCGUCGAUUAAGGCAGCUGAUGUGGCUAAAGGGGUGAUGCUUUUGACGAAGCAAAGAACUCAAAUUCUAGAAGAGGUAGAGAAGUUAUUAUUGUUAUGGGUUAAUGAAAAAGAGCUUGCUGGUGGUGGUGUUAAUGCGGCUGCCGUUUGUCAUAAGGCAAAGAUGUUGCAUCGUGAUUUGUUAGCUAACACACAGACUCCAAAUGGUGUUGUAUGUGAAACUUUUAAAGCCAGCAGGGGCUGGUUUGAUAAUUUUGUCAAGCGAAGUGGAAUUCGUAGCAUUAAGCAUGUUGAGGAUGUUGCGAGUUUAAAUGAAAAGGAUGCAGAGGAAUUUGUUGGACAAUUUGAGAGGUUUGUGAAAAGUGGAGGCUAUCUUCCAAGUCAAGUGUUUAAUUGUGGCGAAGCAGCGUUCUUUUGGCGAAAAAUGCCCAAAAGAACCUCCCUCACUAAAGAGGAGAAGGCACGGCCUGGACACAAGCCUAUGAAAGACAAGCUCACACUUUUAUUAUGCGCUAACGCAAGUGGUGAUUGCCAAAUGAAGCCACUUUUAGUCUACCACUCUGAAAAUCCUCGCGCGUUUAAGAGCAAUCACGUGAUCAAGGCCAAACUGCCUGUAGUCUGGAGGUCAAAUCCGAAAAUCAGGGUUACAAGAAUCUUUUUCGUGGAGUGGGUGGCCAAGGUCUUUGCGCCAGCUGUCAAGAUGUAUCUUCAGGAGAAUGGUUUGCCCCUUAAAUGUCUCCUCGUCAUGGAUAAAGCUUCUGCUCAUCCUCCAGCCUUGGAAGAAGACCUGGACAUUGAAUACGACUUCAUAAAAGUCAAAUUUCUCCCAUCCAAUACAACUCUGUUGCUUCAGCCCAUGGGUCAGCCGCUUAUUUCUAAUUUCAAGAAAUUGUAUACUAGGGCGCUCUUCUUAAGAUGUUUUGAGGUCACACAGGGCACCGAUUUACCACUAAAUGUUUUUUGGAGGGACCAAUUCAAUAUAUUCCACUGCAUCAACAUGAUCGAUGAGGUCUGGAGAGAAGUCUCUUAUCGUACUUUGCAAUCUGCUUGGAAGAAACUUUGGCCGGCUUGUGUGGCGGAGGGAGAGUUCGAAGACCUUGCUAAUGAGGAGGCCGCGGUCGUAGAUGAGAUCGUGUCCAUUGGCAAAAGCAUGGGCCUUGAGGUUGACAGACAAGAUGUGGAGGAACUGGUAGAGGAACAGGUGGCGGACCACCACAAAGACCUCACCACAGCAGACCUCCUUGAGCUGCAGAGUGAACAAGUUAAGAGCUCUGAGGCAGGAGUAUUCAUCAGAAGAUGAAAUGGAGAAACACUUUCUAGCACCACGGGAGAUGACAUGUAAUGCAAGUGAAAUGCAAAUGUUAUUUUUCUCAUACCGAUCCUAUUUGGUUCUUAGGUCAAGCCGAAUGGAGACUGUAUCCCUUUUAUGCUGGAACAGUUGGACUGCGCCACAGUUGAGUUUUUAUACCGCCACUGUGGUUCUUUGUGUUCUAAUUUGGAUAUUUGAGAGUUUCAUUUGGACAGAAUGAAUUUUUAAAGCAGACUGGCAGGAAAAGAAAGGAAGGAAGAGAUAGUGACAAGAUUACUGAAUUAUAGAGAAACCACAGACGACAACAGGGGAGGACACUAGCCGUAAGAAAGAUCAGCAAAGUCAGUCAUGUGUGUUUUGACAUUACAUUCAAGUAUUGUAUCGUCGUCAUGAUGUUGGGGACGUGGCGGUGGGGAAUCGCAGUGACUCCCGUGGAGAAAGCAAGAGACCGGCGGUGACUAGGAAGCUAGCUUACUAGAACUUGCCUUUAUGUGCACAUACACAGUGAUGUGUCAAAAGAGGCCAGGGUUGGUCAAACCGACUUGUCAAUCAAUUGACGUGCAUGAUCGAUGCAUUGGCCAAACUUGAUUCAAGGGCCAAGAUGGAUGAUAGGUUGUCUUUUUUUGGGGGAGGAUCGCGAUCAACCAAAACUGCCUCGGCGAUCGACUGGUCGAUAAGUGAUUGACACAUUGCAAUUAAACAGCCAGGGUGAAGGGGCAAAGCUUCUGGACCGGGAACCAGGACUUGAAGAAUCAAUCUCCCCAAAUUCUAAAACUGUGACCAAAGGAGCAGUUAACAUGGUAAAUGACAGUGUGGUGUCCCACUUUUGGGGGGGGGGGGGGGGAUCUUUAGUCUGUAUUGAUUUCUUGUGCCCAAACCAGCCUGUGAUUUACAAAAUAGAAGACAAAAAAAAAGAAUGUUAUGGAAGAAGACUCCUUCAAAGAACUACUAAAUGCAUUAUGAACAAUUUUUGUGUUCAUGUAAUAAACUGUUUACAUUUGA